AUAAAAUAUAUGAUCUUUAAUAAAAGAAAAUAGCAGGUUUCAACAGGUUUUAACAAAAAUCUUUUGUUUGAAAGUCUGAUUCUGAUCAGAGGAUAAAAAGGAAAUAGUUAGGCUAUCAGUGUGUCGCUAUGGGAACAGGGUAACCAACACUCAGCAGUUGUGGAGAGCUACCAUAGCAACAUGUAAACAACACUCUGUAAGACAGAGGAGGCAAAAUGUCAGCAAAGUGGAAAGAGAUAGUGGAGAGGAAGAAAAAUGAGGUUUUCUCAAAGGGGCAGGAAAGGAGUGAGGAGGUGGAGGAGGACCUUGAGGAGGCGAUGAGGGAGGCCGCCUUCUCUGCUGCUUCAAGGAGGAAACAUGAACCUCCAAAACAACAAGACCCACCAAUGAUCCCCAGAAUCCCAGAGGCAGUGGACGACUUCCUGAGAAACUUCUUGAGGAGGUUGGGGAUGAAGCAGACGCUGAAAAGCUUCGAGGCAGAGUGGUACGGCUCAGCUAUGAAACUCCAGACUGACUCACUGCGGAUGACGUCUCCAGGUGUGUGUUUCAUUCCUGAUGCUCUCACACACCGGCAACUCCUUCACAGUGAGCUUGAAGAGGUCUGCAGGGAGACAGACUUACUCAGAGAAGAGGUGCUGAAGGCCGGGGAGAGCAUGGCGAGGAUAAAGACGGAGAGGGAUUUCCACCGGUGUCAGUACAAUCGAGUUUUAGAGGAGAAGAACAGGCUGAAAGAGGACUGCACAAAGCUGAAGAAACACCUGCAGUCCUUUGAGCCGGCACUUAAACAGCUGGAGGACAAAUAUCAGACAGCUGUGUCACAGAAGAUGCUGAUCAGUUUAGAAAAGGACAGAGUCAAAAACUCCACAAACACACAGAGGAGUCAGGAAAAAUCUCAGUGUAAGACAGAGGGAGGCCCCAGGAGUGGAUCACCAAAGAAACCCACCUUCAGCAGACCUCCAAAGAAAACAGAGCCUCCUGACCCUCACCUGGCUCAGAUCAGCUUUGGUCCAUACAAAAGCUCCUUUAGUCUGUCCUCCUCCAUCAGGGCUCACCACCUCCCCAUCAGCUGCAUCCACCUCCACCCAACGAAGAUGAUCCUCGCCUCUGCAAGCGACGAUUGCAACUGGAGGCUGUGGGCGCUGCCAUCUGAUGGAGAGAAGGUACUAGAGAAGGGUUUCUAUUGGUUUAUGACAUGAACCAUGACUUUAAACCAGACAAAGUAUAUCAACAUAGAGAUAAUAUCAGCAUCAACCCUCACAAGGCCAAUUGCCACCAUCAUCAUCUCUAAAUAAAGAUAUGUUCAUGGCUCCCCUGGUAUACCCUUUUGCGUGUUAACCUUUGUUUUUAUGACAUUACCACAGAUAUUGUGGGUAAAGUCUUACCAGAGAGUCAGUACUUUGCAGAAUGCAGCACUAUCGAGUGCUAUUCAGUAUUAAAUGCAUAAAUUAUUUCAGAGAAAAAGUCCAAAAGAAUCACAUUAUUUCGCUGACUUUCAGGUAAUGUGUUCUUUGUGUCGCUAGGUUGGUCAAAUGGUGCUGACAGGUGAGGGUCACUCUGAUUGGCUGUCCAGCUGCAGUUUUCACCCUGAUGGAGCAAAACUGGCAACAACAAGUGGAGACACGACAGUAAGUUUACCUUUCUUUCACUUUAAUAAAACAUCUCUGUCAGUUCUCUGUCAAAUGCGCAGCUUAGUUUGCAUGAGGAAAUGCAUUUUUAUUUUAUCUCCUGUAAAAUGUUUUCAUACUAUAAGAAAUGUUGAAAUCUCUGCACUCAAAAACCCUGGUGACCAUCAUCACCACUUUUUGCAUUGGGUUUAAAUGAUCUGAAAUCCAUCAAAAUCCUUUUUUAACAACAUUUUACAGUUUUCCAUUUUUUUAGGGUUAGGGAUCAAAUUGUUCUGUUCUUUUUCUGAUUGACUUUUGGCUUGUUUGUCCUCCAGGUCCGUCUCUGGGAUUUCUCUCGUGGCCGCUGUGUGUUGAUGCUCUCUGGUCACACUCAGCCAACCUGGGGCUGCUCCUUCCACUCCUAUGGUCAGUUCUUGGCGUCCUGUUCCUCUGACAAAACCGCCAAAGUGUGGGAUCUAAACAAAGAGAGCUGCUGCUUCACACUGCGCCGCCACACCGCCUCUGUGAACAGCGUUUGCUUCCUGCCUUUCUCAGACCUCCUCCUCACCUGCUCGGCUGAUAAGACCCUCUGCUUGUGGGACACCAGGCAGGGAGUCUGCACUGCUACUUUCCAGGGUCACCAGCACCCCUGCAACCACACUGCCUUCAGCCUGGCGGGAAACAUCACGGCUUCCUGUGACUCCAAUGGUGUCGUCAACCUGUGGGAUAUCAGGAAGUCGUCAUCAGCAACAGCAGAAGUAGAUGUUGGGCCGCAGGCCGCCAACCAGGUAGCGUUCAGCCCAUCAGGGAAGACUCUCGCUGUUGCUUGCAGUGACGGUGAUGUGAGAUUGGUGGAGCUGGAUUCCCUCGUGGUGAGCAGCCUGUCAGGUCACAGUGAUGGCGUGCAGAGUGUGAUAUUCGACCACAUGGGAGACACUGUGAUAUCAGCAGGGAGUGAUGGGAUGAUUAAUGUCUGGUUAUGACCCAGAGGGAAUGGUAAAAACUGCACUUCCUCCACUGUCCACUAGAGGAUGGCUUCAAAAGUGAGUCAGUCCCCAUCUUUAUAAGAGUGUUUUGCUAAGACAUUAGAGACAAUUUAACAAAACUUGAUUGUAGGAAAAUGACAAAAAAAGGAUAAAAUAUCAGCAAAAAAUGACAGCAGAGAUUUUGAGUUAAGUUUAAUGGGAUCUGUUUGAGAAAAGAGCAGCUGAGAGCACGGUUAGAUGGAAAAAGAGACAUCUUUUAAACAUUAAAGCUCCAUAUGAAACAAAGAAAAUACAGUAUCUUCUCAUGGUCACCCUUGACUUGGUAUUGUGGUACUUCUGACAGUCAGUGUUAAUCUCUUUACAACUGACCCAAAUACAAAUAUAUAAAACCGAUUGUCUGUUUGUGCCCAAAUCAUUCAUAGUAAAGUUCAUACAGAAGGAGAAAUGAUGAAAAGUAAAUAAGAUGUACUGUAAGGCCUUUAAAUGUUUAUGUAACAGGACUGACAAAAACACUUUCUGAUAUACAACGUUAAACUUUUAAAGUUCUGUUUAAAAACCUUAAAUGACACACUUCUACAGUAUGAAGAGAUAGCCAUGUUUCUUAGUUUUCCUCAGGCACUUCAGUAGUAAACACUGUCACAGCUGACCUGACAACGAAGGUCAAUGUAAAAAUUCUCAGGCAUAUUGAAUUCAAUCUCUGCUAGUUCAGUGCUAUGCAGAAAUCUGCUGAUGAGAGCACAUUGGAUUAAUUUUCACUCGUGUUAUACAUCUACAACAAAAAUGUUUGUUUUUUCACUUUUUCUCCACAAAAUAAGUCAAAGUCCCUGUUAAAUUAGAAAUAAGAACUGCUGCUUAAACUUACAUUUUUUUUAAACAUGAAUGUUUUCUCAUCAUCCUUCAUUUUGCAGCAGAUGUAAAACAGUAACAUUUCCUGUUAGAACUUGCAGGAUUUGAGCAUGAAAGUGACAAUACUGUAACAUGAGCAUAACAAGUGGAUGACUACAUGCAAAAUUUAGCAUUUCUACACGACUAUUUCUACGACAGUGUAACAUUUAAUGCCAUAACAUGGUCGCAGAAGCAUGCUUACAUAUUACAUCUACCUGUGAACUUGGAAGAAUGAACUAGCUAAAUUUAGUGAUGUGAAAUUUCAGCAUUAUCCAAACGUGUAACAGGGCUUUGGUUGACGUGUUUGCAGCCCUGCCAAUAGCAAAGGGACUGUUAAUGUAACAUUUAGCACCACGGUAUGGUAACUUAAGCAAGCUGACAUGCGAAUAUUAGCACAUUUGCUUUCCUCAUUGUAGAUAAUUUUGAAGUGUAAAGGUUUUGCAUGAAUCAUUCUUUAUAGAGCAGGAAACUAGCUUAUAAAAACAGCUGUUAGUGGGGCUAGAGUUGUCGUCACAACAGCCCUGUUUAUUAGAAAAAAGGAUGUUAAUAUGGUCGCAAUUACAGGAUAAAGGCUACAAAUAAUAUUAAUAAUCUAAAAAAUUUCUCAGGAGUUGAGAAUAGGACUGAAUUCUAAAAAAUAUUGUUAGAAAAUGUUUUAAUUCUGAGAAUAAAAAGUCAGAUCUGAGCUAAAUUAGACCUUCUUUUUGUAGCUGUAAUACUUCUGUACUGUAAGAGUGUAACACUUUGUAUUUUUCCAAUGUAACACUUGCAUGUUAAGACACUUAAAACAGUGUCCAAAGGGGUUACAUUUGACUUAAAAUUAAGAGUGGGGGAUUUUUUCUUAAAAAGUACAGUAACAGGACUGGUGGGGAGUUUUCAGCUGGUUGAGAAACAGGCUGAAACUGGUUUGAUAGACCCUUGAAAAAAUCAUCUGUAACAUGGCAGGGAAAUUUUCAGCUGUGAUUUUCAAUUCCUCAAACUGCUGAGGGGUGGGGGGGUGUUAGCCAAGUGGAUGAGGAAAUAAGUCAAGUUGAUUUGUUUCUUCAAAUAUUCACAUUGUGAUACUUUUCACUGCCAAAAGACAAGAGGAUGAGGUUUGUGCCUGAAAAGACUUUUUCUAUAUGCACAGGACAAGAGAUAAGAAGUAACACUUUGUCUACAAGGGGGUGCCAAAACUGACGCAAACCAAAAGUUUCCUACAGGAGCUUUGACCAUGUACAGGGCAGCAUGCUAAUGCAAAAAAACAAGUGUACAACUAUCUACAAUGACACUGAGAGGGGCCGAUGGCCUUAAUGCAAAUAUAAAAAUUGCUAUUAAAACUAUAGUUUGUGCACAUCAGUACACACCUUUAUUUUGGCACGUUUAGAAAAUGUUCUGUUUAGUUUGUCUGGUCAUUUUUUCCUCAGUCUGAUUGUCCUGGGAGGCUCCUUACUCCCUCUUGUCUGUAAACCUCCAUUAACAGUCACCUGUGUGUCACUGCAUUGUUUCAACAGCUGGCUCCUCUCUCAUAAACCUUCAGAGAGAUAGCCUGGUUUGGUCCCUAGACUGUGUUCAUGUACAGAGGAUAGAUAAACUCAUUUAUCUUUAUGAUUAUACAUUAAUCAUGUUUAUAUGUUAAUCUAGAGCAGUGUUGUGUUCAUUGUCAUCUCACACCGUCAGCGCUGGUUGCUGGAAGAAACAAAAGAGGGGAGCUUUAAUGGACAGGCCUUUUGUUUCAAGAGGAAUUCUGCUGGAUGCAGGUGACUCCUUCAGCAGAAGAAGAGGAGUACCGUCCUUCGUCUUCAUCCUUCUCCUCUUCCUUCUCUGCGUGUCUCUCUCUUGGUUCCUCCACCAGCAUCUUCAGUCGGCUAAGGUGAUGCAGAGCCCUGAGGAUGAAAAAAAAUCAACAGUAAUAUCCUCCUCAGCUAAACUGUCUGAAUGUAAAAAAUGUAUAUUUACAGGUUUAGAUAAAAAAAUAAAAAGUCCUGAAAAAGGUUUUUUUUUUCGAGACUUUUUAGUCACAUUUACUCAGUUUCAGUCAGUGUUGAUUACCUUUGUAGUGACGCUCCACCAGAAAAACUCUCCAGCUCCUCUUCUGCUUCAGGCCCCUGCAACACAGAGAAGUCCUUACAUCACCUAAAGCUGCUCAACAUGUAAUUUUUGUUUCAUUCAGUACAAAACAUUUACACUCAAACCUGUCUUACUGGAGUUUCCUCUGUAUGUGUUGAAGCUCCGGCUGUCUGCUGUCUCUUCGGAACCUCCGCCUCCAACGCCUGCAGUCUGAAGAGCAUCUGUUUCAGAGCUUCUGUUGGACCCGGCUGCUUAAAGAUGCAGCCCUGAGUCUAGAAGAGGAAACAGUAAGGAGGAAGUGCUACGUUCUCAAAUCUGUCAGAGGAUCAUUCAGACUUUAAACUCAAGGUUUUUUUUUACCACCUACCUGUGCUCCUCUGACAGUCUGAGGCUCUGUAGUGCCCUCUGCUGCUGCUGCUGCUGCUGAGUCCCUGCAGGUUCCAAACAUCAUGUUUAACCGCUUCUUUCAGUGUAUUCACUUGUAUGCAUCAGAACUAACAGUAGAAGAGUACAAAGUAGUCUUACUGAGUAAAUUGGUGACAGAACAGCUUCUCCUCUGUGUUCAGCUGACUGACAUCCUCUCCAACACAAUCUGGGAUACUGGCUGCAAACAAAGGAAAUUACCUAAUAACAAGUGUUGCUAAAUCGCCUUCAAACAGCGUGAGGCAGCUAGUCUUUUUACCUAAACUAAGAAAACAGAGCAUAUCACUCUUGUUUCACUGUCCAGCCCCAGAAUACAUAUCAGAACAUAAGAGACAGCUUAUGGUUGUCCAAGCCAUCAUGACACAGUAAAAAAAAAUAAAAAAUAAAAAAAACGUCAGCACUUGACUUGUGGUUACUGAGAAGGCACACAUCCUGUCUUAGUCCUCACCUGAAUGUGAACGACUUUCUGUUCCUCCAGAACUCUGAGAGAGAGAGUUCAACACCUCAUCUGCCUUUUGGAUCAGAGCCUCGAUUCUGUUGUCUGAAAGGAGGAAAAACACGAGAAGAAAAUACAUGACUAAGAAUAUAUUCUGAACAAAAUGUUGAUGUAACAUCAAAAAUUUGUAUUUUACUUUUGAAAAGAGUUUCCACCACGUCAGAGUUUUUUUUCUCCGAAGUGAGCAGAGAAAUCUGUUCGGCAAACUGAAUCCUGAGAUCCCUGAGAGUCAGCUGGCUGUCAGUCUGUAAAUGGACACAUAAGAAGAAGAGGGUGAACUUCAUGUGGGGGAAUUCAAUGUUUUUACUCCAUUAUGGAUCAUGAGCAACCGCCAGUCCACUGCCUGUGCUUACAUCUGUACUCGACCAGCCACCCUCCAGCUCCCUCCCUACAGACUGAGCUGCAGCAGCCCCAAACAGGGCAUGAAAGUUCAUCCUUCAGCUUGACACAUAUUUACUUGUUUUUUUUCCAGAUUUGACCCGAUGACUCCAAAGACAACGCUAUCCACUGAAGCAGAAACAAGACACUGAAGGCUCUGUACUAACCAGCGACAGUUUUUUCUCCACUUAGGACUUAGGUUUACUUCUCUCACCUGAGCAGGUGUCUGGUCAAGAUCAUCCUCCUCAAGCUCUUCCACCCACGAUGGAGCUCCUGUCCUGUGAUCUGCAGGUAGAGGAACAACAGAAGACCAAAAUGAGAUGUCUAUCAUUAAAAGCUUUUUCUUUUUUGUAUUUCUUGUUUUGUGGAGAAGAGCAAGUUUGGUGUCACUGACUCCAACUAAUCCAGGCAGUCUGUUUUUGAUUUUGAUUUGUUUCGACCAUGCAAAGAUCUUUUUAUGCAAAC